UUAUGAUUUAUUUAAUUAUAUUUUUAUUAAUAAAAAUAAAUAAUAUUUACUCUGGUAAAUAGUAUCUUAUCAUAUUUGGUAUAAGAUCAUAGUAUUGCACUAAAAUAAUAUGAUUUUAACGCUGAAUUGAAGAGGUGUUUCUGUGAUUUUAAAGUUGGUGAGAGCCUGAGAGGUAGCAUAAUAAUUCAUAUAUUUAAUCUUAUUGCCACUUGAGAUAUCUACAAGCCAGGGUCUACAAGUACUCAAAUCCAAAACUGUUUUUUCGUCUUUUGGAGUUAAAGGUUAUGCCAUCUCUAAUGGAAUUGCAAAAUACUAUUUUAGUGUGUUUUUUACACAAAAUCUUCUUUAAUGGAACUGCAAAAAUCACACUAUUUUAGUGCAACACUAAAAUUUGAUACCAAAUUUGGUGUGAUACUAUUCACCCCACUAAAACACUAUUCAUCCCACUAAAACACUAUUCAUUUAUUUUAUUAUUAAAAUAUACAAUUAAAUAAAUGAUAAAUAAAAAACUUAAUACAUAUAAUAUUAUAAAUAGUUUUAGUGUGAAGUUUAGUAUUAUGGUUGGAGAAGAUCUUAGUUUUAAUGUUAAAAUUACAUUAAAAUAGUGUGGUUUUGAUACUAAAAUGGUGGUAGUGAUUGGAGAUGACUUUCAAAGCCAAGAUAAAAAGAGUGGAGAAAACAGAGAGUUAAUGUGGAGGUGAAGAAGUCAUAGGUUUCGUCGCUUAGACUGAUGGUCUAGUUUAUAAAUUAAAGACAUGGAAAGCUGUGCAUGGAGUCGUAUCUCUGCAUUCUGAAACUAGGCUCGUGUCUUUGUCUCUUCACUAUUCAUUUCAUUUCAAGACACUGACUUAUCACUGCUUCAAUGUAACAAUGUUAGUGGCUGGGGGCAGUCGACAAUUCUUCAGGUGACAUUGACCCAUCCUUUUUUAUUUAUGGUUUAUUUUUUCCUAUUCUCAUUUAUUCAAUAUUUACAUUCUACAAUAGUUUAUAUUAUUAAAAUAUAUGAGUUUAAACAACAAGUUGAUAUGGCCGAGUUGGUCUAAGGCGCCAGAUUAAGGUUCUGGUCCGAAAGGGCGUGGGUUCAAAUCCCACUGUCAACAUAUAAUUUUUUAUUUGAUCGAGGAAUGCCAGUCUAUAAGGUUGCCCAUUUCCAAGUCUCAAAACCGUAUUUGGGCUUUUGUUCAUGGGCUUUACUUAUUUACUUUGAUUAAACUGAUGAGUAAAUAUUUUGGCAUGUCCAUCAAGAAACAUACGAGUAAAUAAAAAACCCUAACCAAGAAUUCUCUUGAUACCACUCCAUUGCGAUCUGUUAGUAAUGGUAGUGACUACUAGGGAGUAUUUUCUUUUUGGUCAAGACUACUAGUGAGUAUACCUCAUGAAUAAACAUGUUUGAUUAAACUAUUAUCAUAUAAAGAAUAAUACCAUAAAUCACGAAUAGCUUUUGUUAUACUGACUAGUGCUUUAACAUUGUUCACCUUUUGUAAGGCUUAUCCUUAAUAUUAACUUAUUAUAGUAACAGCCAUGAAUGCACAUGUUUUGCUUAUAUGAAAAUCAAUUGAAAACUCGAGAAAAGGUCACCAAUAAUGCAUUGGAAAGUUUUUGGAGUUUGAGAAAGAUUAAAAUUAUUGAAAAAGCAUAUAGCAAUAUGCAAAUGGACACCAUUUCCAAAAAAUAUGCAAAUGGACCGAAGACAACUAAUAUCCAGGCCCCAUGGCAAGGUCAAGAUUCCAGACAAAGAAUUUAAAAAUUAUUUAUCAACAAACAAAUAAAUUAUCUUUUAUACCUGGUUUUUAAUAAAUAAUUACUAGCUAAUGUUAUAAAUUUUGUUUGACUUCUGUUUUAAAAUUGGAAUUCUUUUAACAUAAAAUGUAUAACGAGUUGUUUUUCUUUAUUGGAACCAAAGUUGGACGUUGCACCUUCCAUCCCUACUAAACCGGCCUGCUAAUACCAAGUUGUAGAGACACACAUGGCAUUCUUCGCUGUGUCAGUGUUAUAAAAAGGGUCGAGACCAUCUGAGACAAAGCAUAACCUCUAUAUUUACUCAAACAUCUAUUCACACGCGCACAAGAAAUAAAUUAGACUGACUUGGAUUUCAAUGGAGAAAGAGAGACGAAGCGAAGAAGAAACCUCUCAUCAUCGUCCUUGUCAAUUCCUUAACGAAGCUAUCAACAGCUUCAUGGAGUGUCUUGGUCUUCAUAUCUCUCCUUCUCCAUAUUAUUCAGCAUCUUCGGAGACUCCAAACGGCAUCGUGACAACAAGGGGAAUGAUAGUCAGGCUAAAGCAAAGGGGGAGAGAGACACCUAGCUCUGGUAGGCCUGGCCGCCACAACUAAGGAUUGGAUUUGUUCUUUUCCUAUCACCCAUACACGUGGAAAACGGAUUACAAGUGCAUGCAAUUUCACGUUCGUUCAUAAACAUCGUUUCAUGUGUUUGUAUAUUGUUUCUGCUAAUUACCGUAGCAUUUCAUGAAGUUUCAAAAGGUUCUAAUAUGAUAUAAAAGGUGUUAUUAUUAAUUAUUAUCAUAUUCAAGCGACUGUGGUAAUUGGACGAUAGCCGACGGUCACCAAAGGUUUACAAAAUUUUAAAUAAAGUAUUAUAAAAAACGUUUGUACUAUUAGGUGAUCUUAGUUUUUGGACCUAGCUACAAGUGUAUAAAAUAUAUUGAUAAUCAACAUCAUUGUAUA